AAUAAUUUGAAUGAUAAAUAAAUUUUAAUAAUAUAUAAUAUAAACAAAACAGAAAAAAGCACAAUGGAAGAAUCAAAAGAAGGCGAAAUCAAUAAAGCGUAUACUAUUGAUGAGUCCUUAGAAAAUGGUGUUGAAAAUUAUAAGACUGAAUUUCAAAUUGCUGAAUUUGAAGAUAAAGAGAAAAAAAUAAAACCAAAAACAACAUUAGAAAUAUGGACAAAAAGAUCAUUAUUAUUUAUACUACACGCAGCGGUGGGUGCAUAUUUCGGUUAUGCCACCUAUUAUUAUAUUGAUCAAAAGGAUGAAUGUUAUUAUGGCUAUGAGUUGCAGUGUUCAAUACGUUUUUGCAGUGGUUAUGGAUUUUUGGUCUUAUUACUUGGUUUUAUAUAUUUGGGACUAAUCUAUUAUUAUAUUUUUAAACCCAUGGUGGGUAGACGUUUACAUCGCCACUACUUAAGGCCCUUAGAUAAAUGGUGGAUGAAAGUUAGUAGAACAAGAUUUAUAUCUGGCGUUCUGAUUGGUUUGCUUUUGCUUGUAUUGGUUAUCUUUUUGUAUUUCGAGACUAAAGAUGAACCAGAGAAAUUGAUUUCGCUUAUCGGACCAUGCUGUUUUAUACUGCUGGGUUAUAUAUUCUCAACAGCACGUUCUGCUAUUAAAUGGCGCAUUGUUAUAACCGGCAUAGCAUGUCAAUUUUUCCUCGGUGUCAUCUGUAUACGCUGGAGUGUGGGACGUAGCAUCUUUGAGUGUAUUGGCAAUAAGACCGCCACUUUCUUAUCCUUUGCCGAUGAGGGUAGUCGCUUCGUUUAUGGUGAUACCAUUAUAGAUCAGGGUGUAUUUGCCUUUGCUAUACUAUCGGUGAUAUUCUUCUUUAGUUUCUUUAUAUCCAUCCUAUACUACUUGGGCGCCAUGCAAUGGGUAGUUUUGAAAUUAGGUUGGAUUUUACAGCAAAUAUUGGGUACAACCGUAUGCGAGAGUGUUACUGCGGCCGCCAAUAUAUUUUUGGGAAUGUCGGAAAGUCCUUUACUCAUUCGUCCCUAUAUUAAGAAAUUGACUGCUAGUGAAAUGCAUUCCAUUAUGGUCUCCGGAUUCGCUACAGUUUCUGGUACAGUAUUAGCAGCUUAUUUAAGUUUUGGUGCUUCAGCCGCCCAUUUGAUAACAUCUAGUGUUAUGGCUGCCCCCGCCACCUUGGCCAUAUCGAAAUUAUAUAUGCCCGAAACGGAGGAAAGUAAAACUACAUCAGAUAACAUAGAAUUGGAGAAAUCAGAAGAUUCUUCGAUUUUAGAUGCUGCCUCUAAUGGUGCCAGUAAUGCUGUGCCUAUUGUUUUGGGCAUUAUUUCCAAUAUAGUGGCUUUUGUUGCCUUUAUUGCGUUUCUAAAUGCGGUGGUCAAUUGGUUUGGCACAUUGGUGGGUGUAGAUUACAUCGAUUUCGAAUGGCUAUUCUCGAAAAUCUUUAUACCAUUAGCUUGGAUUAUGGGUGUACCGUGGGAGGAUUGCGAUGCAGUGGCAAAAGUAAUUGCUACUAAGUCAAUAAUCAAUGAAUUUGUGGCAUAUGAAAAGCUGGGCGUUUUAAUAACUUCUAAAGCAAUAGGGGUGAGUGAAUAUGUUUGUCCAUGA